CAGUCGUGAGCGGGUCGUGGUAGUGUACACCUACACCUCACCGAAAAGAAGAGUACUGUACGUGCGUUGGAGUAGCUGUUGAGGGAAGAAUCCCCGAAGAAGGAGUUGGCCUACCAAAUAGGGUUCAAUAUUCACGUUUGCUGUGUCGUAUUAGAUUACGCCCGCGAGUGAUUAGCUUCUGUUCGAUUACGAUAAGGCAUCUACUACCCGUGAGCGAUCAAUUCGGGCACCAUGAUAGUGACGCGAGGGCCGACUGACUGACUUGCCAGAGUAUAAAACCCGCACCAGAUCACCCACACUGGACAGUAAGCCUUCGGGAAGCACAAUAGUCCGUUUGGUCAGCAAGACAGCUAGAACGAUGAACAAGUUUGCCGCCGUGUUGGUGUUGGCCAGCGUGUGUCUGGCGGGCGUUUCGGCCCAGUGCCCGCGUAUCGUGACCCGCGCCCAGUGGGGAGCCCGUGCCGCCAGCACCGCCCAGCUGCCGAUCCGUCCGGCGCCGUGGGUCGUGAUGCACCAUACGGCCGGUGCGCACUGCACCACCGAUGCUGCCUGUGCCCAGCAGAUGCGCAACAUCCAGUCCUUCCACAUGGACGGCAACGGUUGGGCUGACAUCGGCUACAACUUCCUGGUCGGUGAGAACGGCGCUGCGUACGAGGGCCGCGGCUGGGGUCGUCAGGGAGCGCACGCGCCCGGCUACAACGAUCGCUCGGUCGGCAUGGGUGUGAUCGGCACGUUCACCAACGGCAUCCCGAAUGCGGCCGCCCGUAACGCCGCUCAGCAGCUGAUCAGCUGCGGAGUGUCGCUCGGACACAUCGCCUCCAACUACUGGCUGAUCGGACACCGACAGGCUGUGGCGACCGCCUGCCCCGGAAAUGCCUUCUUCAACGAGAUCCGCAACUGGCCGCGCUUCAACCCGAACGUGUAGAGCGUGUCCGGCGUGUCCUGCCAUGUGCCAUCGUCCGUCUUUUCUAUAAAUAUAAUGCAUAGUGUUAGGAACAACUCUCUUACAAAAUCAUA